AUGCCAGAAGAAAAUACCCAACAAUUUUGCACUGAAACAUGGAAGUGGUUUGGCCAAUCCAGUGUUCUUAAAGCCUCCAGAUGGAACAAGGUGGAAGGAACUACUUCUUCCCAAUUUGAUGUCAUUAUCAUUGAUGACAGUGCUUUAGAAAUAGACUAUUCUUCGUAUGGAAAUGAUGAUGAUGAUGUUUCAGUUCAGAUUGUGAACGAAAUCCAUCCAUACAAGAAGAACAAAGAAACCAUGAGAGGUGAGAAGAAUGUGACUACUUCUUUGUCAUUGAAUUGGCCAAGGGAACCAAGAGCACGAGAAGAAGCUAUCAAAUUCGUAUCUAACAACCCUUUUUUCACGGUGCUCCUAAAGGCUCCUCAUAUCACACAAUACCUACUGUGCAUACCAGUUUUGGAAGGUUAUGUGGAUAAUGGAGUGAAGAAUGUGAAGCUUGAGUAUGGGGAUAGAUCGUGGCCUGUGAGGAUGCUUAGUUGUAACAAAACCUAUUCACAUCGCUUCUUUUCUGCUGGAUGGAACUUGUUUGCACAAGAGAAUGAGUUGAAGCCUGGAGAUGUUUGUGUCUUUGAACUUGUUAAUAUGCAAGAUUUGGUCUUUAAGGUUCAUGUUUUUGCUGCCCAUCAUGCUUAA